AAAUCUUAACGAACUAGACUUAAAAAACAGACACAACUUGUCAAACGACACAACAUCCACAAGAAUGUCCACCGCGACCACCAGUUUUUUCGAACCAGCCUCCGUGACCAGCAGUGGCCGUCCAGUCCUCCACCAAGCCGAAGUAGAAUGCCACCUCCUCUCACCUUUAGACCUUGAAACCGAACCCACCACCACCGCGACAACCACCAUCAAUUCACUUGACUUCCCUGCAUUAAAAUCAGGCCUUGGAAUCCUCACCACACACCGCCUCCUUUGGCUUCCCUCUAAUGCUACGACAGACAGUUCAAGUCCAAUAUCAAUCCCUUUGAGUUCUGUAACUCAUAUAUUUUCACCAAAAAAGUCGAUCAAGUCAAUGUUUCACUCACCCCGGAUCCGGUUUCAAGUUUCUAUGCAUUCAAGGAGUGUUGUGGUGACUUUAGUGAUCAGAGGGAAGGGAGAUAUUGAUGGGUUUUUGACAAAGUUUUGGGAUUGUUGGAGAGGAAGGGCUUGGGAGAUUGGUAAUGAUAGUGGCGGUGGGUCAAGUUCGGGGUCUGUUCCGGCUUCUGGGUCAGUUUCGGGUGGUGGGUUAUACUCGAGUGAUGGGUCAGUGAGGCUGGUGGGUGUGUCUGGGAUAUUGAGGAAAGAGCAGGAGAUGUGGGAAAGUACUGAUAAGAGCUUGCAAGAGGCUUUUCAUGACUUGAAUGCUCUUAUGAGAAAGGCCAAAGAAAUGGUCAUCCUAGCAGAGAAGAUGAGGCAGAAGCUUUUGUCUGGAUCGAGCUCUCAAGGUAGUUCUGGGAAUGAUGAGGAAAUGGGUUCCAAAGAAGAGAUGCAAGAUUGGCUGCUGAGUGUUGGUAUCAUAUCCCCAGUAACAAAAGAAUCUGCAGGUGCCAUGUAUCAUCAACAACUGUCCCGUCAGUUGGCAGAUUUUGUCAGAAUUCCGCUAGAGAAAGCUGGAGGAAUGAUCAAUCUUAUAGAUAUCUAUUGCCUCUUCAAUCGUGCUCGGGGAACAGAAUUGAUCUCACCUGAGGAUUUGUUGCAAGCAUGUUCUCUUUGGGAGAAGUUUGAUGUUCCAGUAAUGCUUCGGAAAUUUGAUAGUGGAGUGAAGGUCAUCCAGAAUAAGUCCCAUAGUGAUGAGGAGGUUUUUGCAAGAAUCAAAAACCUUGUAUCAAAGCCUGAAGCCCUGCGGUCUGGAAUAACUGCUAGUGAUGCUGCCAUGACAUUGGGUAUUGCUCCAGCUAUGGCCAAGGAGCAUCUUCUAAGUGCUGAGAGCAAAGGAUUGCUAUGCAGGGAUAUAAGCCCUGAUGGAUUUCGCUUUUUCAUUAACCUCUUUCCUGAAAUCAAUUCUGAUGAUAUACACAUGGUCAAGGAUCAUGGGAUUUAUUCUCUGUGGAUAAAAAGUUGGUAGCUGUUUCUGCUCAGAAAUCUGAAACCAGUACACAGCAUGACAAUAGAAUUGCUUUCCCAUUUCACUCAAUCAGCCAUCAAAUGCCAAUCAAACCUUGAUAGGCCAGGCUUCAAGGUGGCAUUGCGACGUGAUGAUCGCAAGGUAGCUGCUGCAGCACAGAGACAUGGUUUCUAACACACGAUCAAGUUAACCUAAAUCAAACAAAUGAAUGACAACUUUGUUGGUGUUACUUUUGGAGAUGAUACUCUUAAUUUCUGGGACGGUAAAUACAAGGAAAUUCAAUAUUUUGUAAUUCAAUAUUUUGUGUAAGAGUGAUCUUUGUAAUUUAUGGAUCAAGUAAAUACAUAACUGCAAGGAGCAUCAUGCUUUAUUCAUCUAUCCAAUUUAGGACUAUGUCCUGAGAGAAAUUAGGAUUUGGUGUUUUUGCCA